AUGAACUCUCAAGUUGAAGAUUUGUUUUUAGAAAUAGAAAUUUUAAUUAAACUUCAACUCAAAGAUAACAUUCAAAAUAAUUCCGAAGUUGAACGGAAAUUUAAAGAUGCAAUAACAUUGAUUAACGAAAUAGAAGCUGAUGAUGAAAAACAACAUGGAUUAUAUAGAUAUAAAUAUCACUCAACUUAUAAUAGCUACUUAAAGACAGUUGGUGAUAUGAAAAACGCCGACAAACAAGAAAAAUUAGCAAAAAAAUUUGAAAAAUACUCGAAUACUCACGCCGAAAGACCAACACAAUUCAAAUUAUUUACAGAUGUUACAACCCCAAACACCGUCAAUCAAGAUCGGGAUUGUAACCUUAAAAAUAAGAAACUUGCAGAACAAUUGGAAAACAUUUAUCAAAUUUUAGUAAACGAAUUAACAGAAACUGAUUUAGGUGAUAAAUUUAUUAGAGAGAUAAACCAAAUUUUUGAAAAGCUUAAUGAGGUAACAAAAACCUUUGAAGGCUAUCAAGAAACUGUAAAUUGCGAGAUUUAUCUGCGUAAGUUAGCAGAUAACUUAAUUAAUGAGAAAUUAAUCAUUCUGGAGGUUUCUCAGAUUUUAACUAACAGUAAUGAUGAAGAGGAACUUGAUAAUAAACCUUCAAAACUUGAAAAUAUUAGUACAGG